GUUAUUCCCCUUUCCCUUUACCCUUUUCGCGCCCUAUUUCGUCGCCUCUUCCUUAACUCUAUUUUGCCAUACUGUUUAUGUGUACUCGAUGGGGGAGAACGAAGGAGGAUAUACCCCUGGAUUUUGAAAGACGACAGACAACAUUGCGAAUAAAUGAAUACCCCAAUAGCAGAGUGUUGGGCCUUUGUAUGGAGCAAUACAAUUGAAUAUGUAUGUAUGUUGCGGUAUCUUAGCAGAGCUCUCCAGAGAUCUUUUAAUUCAUUCCUUCAUUUGCCUCGGAUAUCUAAGAUAGUUGGUAGAGAUAACUAAAAGUCUAGCUUUCAGACCGCUUCACGCAACACAAUCCUCACCCGGAGAAAGCUUAUGAGAAGGGAUUGGAAGUGAGAAGUAGGAGUAAAUGGCCAAAGAGAUUACCUCAAAUGCGGAAUAUACAGAUACCGUCCUACUCCUUUUCCGCCUACUUGAUCAUAGUUGAUAUGCGGCGCUGACACAUCGCCUCAAGGCCCAAUUGCUCCCUACAGACUUCGUAGGCUUCCAUCCAGGAGGAAAAACGUUACGCCGGCCAGAAUGGGGAAGAGGUAACUAGUUAUUAACAUUAUUACUGUGCAUGCCCCUUCACGCCUCCAAGAAGGAAGCUGUCUGUACGUCAGGAGGGGGGGCUACCUUCUUCAGGGCUUCCAGAUUUUCAGAACAGCGAAUACGGGGAGGAUAAUUAGUACAGAAGGUAUCCGAGGCCAGGCGAGGCGAGGCGAAGAAAUCGGACAAACCCCAUGGAGGAGGCAUUUUGCUUAAAGAAUGUUUGGUGGAGAUGGAGAAUUGGAGUGCAUAGACCCCAUCCGCGUGUUGCUAUUUAACUACCCGUGACUUGGCAACUUAAAUUUAUUUUGCGCGCGCAUUUGUGAGUAUUUAAGAGUCAAUCGGAAAUAUUUACAAAAAAAGGACUGCACAAAAUCGCUGAAACUCAGCACCUCAUCACCUCCCUCCCUCCCCACCAAUUGCAAUCCCACAAGCUUCAAUGGCUUCACCAAACCAACAAACCGCUUCCGGAGCGGUUGCUGGUAAACUCUGGGGUGGCCGGUUUACAGGCGCCACCGACCCAUUGAUGGUUGCAUACAACGAGUCCAUAUACUUCGACAAGGCGUUUUACGAACAGGACAUAGCCGGCUCCAUUGCCUUUGCGCGAGCAAAUGUCGCAACUGGAAUCCUUACCGAGGACGAGUUCAGGACCAUUGAGACAGGGUUGAGGCAGGUGCGGGAGGAAUGGCGGCAGGGCAUCUUUAAAAUUUUCCCCGGUGUCGAUGAAGAUAUCCAUACGGCGAACGAGCGCAGAUUGGGGGAGAUUAUUGGCAAGGAGAUUGCUGGGAAGCUUCAUACAGGGCGUAGUCGAAAUGACCAGGUCGCUACCGAUUUGCGGCUCUGGCUUCGGGACGAGUUACGGGUGAUCGAAACUUACCUUAUCGACCUAUUAAAGGUCAUUGCGGAACGAGCAGAGAGUGAUAUCGAAUAUGUCAUGCCCGGAUACACCCACCUGCAGCGUGGACAGCCAGUUCGAUGGAGCCACUGGAUGCUCAGUUACGGUACCUUUUUCAUGAACGACCUAGAGCGCCUGCGCGAGGUGAUAAAACACGUUAACCGGAGCCCCCUUGGCUGCGGAGCUUUGUCGGGAAAUGCGUUUGGAAUUGACCGGGAAGGUAUGGCGAAAGAACUGGGCUUUGAGGGUCUGAUCCACAACAGCAUGUCCGCUGUUGGAGACCGGGAUUUCAUCUUAGAAACGAUGCAAUGGGGCUCUUCAUUGAUGUUGCACAUUUCCCGUUGGAGCGAGGAUCUUAUUGUUUACGGCACGACUGAGUUUGGAUUUGUCCGCCUGUCGGAUGCCUACACCACCGGAAGCUCGUUGAUGCCUCAGAAAAAGAAUAGUGACUCCCUCGAGCUCCUACGAGGCAAAUGCGGUAGAAUAUUUGGUGGCAUGGCUGGUCUAAUGAUGACCAUUAAGGGCCUUCCGUCUACAUAUAACAAGGACCUACAGGAGAGCGUAGAGCCGCUCCUCGAGCACGUCAAGACGCUGAAGGAUAGCUUGCUUAUCGCAACCCGCGUGCUAUCCACCCUAACCGUUUUCCCCGAGAAAAUGCACGAGGCCCUCACUCCCGAUAUGCUAGCUACCGAUCUGGCAGAAUAUCUCGUGCGCAAAGGCCUGCCCUUCCGCGAAACGCACCACAUCGCCGGCCGCGUCGUGGCCCUUGCAGAAAACGAAGGAAUCCCCAUGGACAAAUUGACCCUCGCCCAGCUGCAGGCUGUUGACAACCGGUUCGGCGAUGAUGUGUUGGAAGUGUUUGAUUACGAGCGAUCUGUGGAGAUGAAGGCUGCCAUUGGGGGCACGAGCAGGUCUGCUGUUCUGGAGCAGAUUGCGACGCUGCGAAAGGCGCUUGGUGGGACGGAGGUGUAGGGUAGCUAGGGCUUUGUUUUGUAUGGGCUAGGUUGGGCUUUGGUAUUAGGACGCUUUUGUUGGAUUUUAUAUAGGGCUGAUACAGAAUAGGGAUUGGUUUUCCUUUGACCUUGGUAAGUCUUAAUACAGUAAAUUACUAUGGGAUAAAGUACCCAUCUCAUAUACGAAAGAAACUUUGUAUCCAGGUACAAAAGAAAAAUAUAAAUACUAUUUCGGAGUUCGAUAACUAACCAUAGUAAGAAUAGAGGGUAAUGAGGUAACAUAAAAGUAUCUGAAAAAUUCAAUACUGUUGCUGCCAACAAGACCUAAAUAACAACCACUGCUCCAAUAAUUUGCUCGUAUCCAUGACACCCCGAAAAAACAAGCGUCAGAAUACACCCCCCCAACCGGCUGUAGAUGGUGCAGAUCCCACUAUCCAGGCAACCCUGCACGGUGCCAAUACUGUAAUACAAGCAUCCUUCGCAGAUUUCCGGCGGUGAUGUACUCCGUAGUCCAGGUGUACUCCGUGGGUGGUACCCUUAUUAUCUAUUAGUUAUCAAUGAUUAAGAAGAAAAAGAAAGAAGAGGAGUUGAUCACGAUAAGUUUCUCAGCCCCAGCAGGUUGCUACGCAAGAUAAGUUAAACCUGGGAUACAAAUACAUUGAAUCCAGGACUAUUCCAGGGGUUCUUCUUUCUCAAGUGACACUCUC